AUGUAUUCCGUACUCGUGCCCGCGGUGGCAUUGGUGCUUGCCGUCCUCUACCUCAUCGUAUAUCCCGUCGUGGAGUACUUCCGCGACCCCAAGAGGCUUCGACGCUACCCUGCCUUCAAGCCCCUGGCUGGCCUCACAAACCUCGUCUUCAUGCGAGAGGCCGCUCUCGGGUUUCGAUCGAAGACUCUCUAUGAGAAGCACAAGAAGCACCCUGUGCUACGCAUCGGACCCAACUCCCUCUCAUAUGGAACCGUCGAUGCCAUCAAGGACAUCUACGGCCAUGGAUCCAAGUGUCUUAAAGGGGAAUUCUAUGACACACUGUCCGGAACCCACUUCCAUUUGGCAGAUGUUGUCGACAAGGCCGAACAUGCUCGAAAGCGCAAGGUCCUUUCGGCCGCGUACGCCCUCAAGAACCUGGAAAGUUGGGAGUACAAGGUCUCCGACAAGGCGGAACGAUUCAUCCGUGGCGCCGACAAGGCUUGCACUGAGCCAUUGAAAGGUGGACUUCGUCCAGAGUCCGAAGAUCUCACAUUCGACUACCGUGCCUGGACCAACUUCUUCACCCUCGAUGCUAUUGCCGACAUUGGCUUGAGCGAGCGUCUCGGGUUCCUCGAUCAAGGCCAUGAUCUUGUUCGUGCUGAACGUAUGGAUGGCAGCAUCCACGAUGUAAACUUCCGAGCUUGUCUGCACUCCACAGCACUUGCCCAGUCCAUCACGGUCUGGUCCGCAGAGUGGUACAAGUUCAACCAACGACUCACAUCCUACCUGUCGCCAACCUUGCGGAAGUGGUGGGGCCUUAACAAGGGUUGGGACGGUAUUGUCUAUCACCGAGCUACCAAGCGCCUGAAGCGGUAUCAGGCAGGCGAGAAGUUGUCCGACUUCUUUCAAGCUCUGAUGGAAGAUAAGAAUGGAACUCCAAACGGUCUCGACUGGGGUGAAAUCGUCGCCGAAGUGUCUAUUAUGAUGAACGCAGGAUCCGACACAACAGCAAUCGCGAUGAACAACGUCAUGUAUUGGUUGUUGAAGAACCCAAGAUGCAUGGCCAAGCUGCGGGAAGAAAUCGACUCGGUUCUCGACCCGGAUGAGAUCGUGGCACCAUACGACAAGAUCAAACAUCUGCCGUAUCUGCGCGCCUGCUUAGACGAGUCCCUUCGUAUCGUGCCGCCGACCACCUUCGGUUUGCCCCGUCGGACACCUACGGAGGGCGCUUACAUUCUUGGGGACUUCAUCCCGGGAGACACGACAGUCUCCAUAUCGGCAUAUAUCGUUCACAGGGACCCCAAGAUCUUCCCAGAGCCUGAGUCGUACAUACCGGAAAGAUGGCUUGGUGAUAAGGGUAAAGAUCUGCAGCCAUACUUUGUCAGCUUCAGUGCGGGAGCGCGUGGCUGUAUUGGUAGGAAUAUCAGCUACCUCGAACAGACUGUACUGCUCGCGAGUGUGUUGCACAGGUACGAGUUUGCCCUGCCAUACCCCGAAUGGGAGCCCGAACGGCGGGAAGCAAUGAACUGUAUGCCCAAUGCAAUGCCAUUGAAGGUAUGGCGCCGAGAGAUCAAGUCGGAGGAAUGA